CAGGAUAUAUCUACACUUUUGCAGGGGGAGCCGUUUCUUGGCAAUCAAGAUUGCAGAAGUGUGUCGCUUUAUCUACAACAGAAGCAGAAUACAUUGCUGCCGCUGAAGCAGGUAAGGAAAUGUUGUGGCUAAAGCGUUUUCUCCAAGAACUUGGGAUCCAGCAGAAAGAGUACAAGGUACAUUGUGACAGUCAGAGUGCUCUAGACUUGAGCAAGAAUUCUAUGUACCAUUCUCGUACAAAGCAUAUUGACAUUCGGUAUCAUUGGAUACGGGAGACGAUUGAUCAACAACUGUUGAGACUAGUGAAGAUCAAUACAAAGGAGAAUCCAUCAAACAUGCUGACGGAGGUGGUAACACGGGAUAAGCUAGACCUGUGCAGAGACAUAGUCGGGAUGCUUGUUUUGAAUAUGCCUGGAAGGGGAGA